AUGGGUCGCACUUACGAAAGAAAAACAGAAAGGAAAUUGGUAACUUCACAGCAGCUUAAAGAGGCUAAGAACCUAAUGGCUAAGGGAUUAAGCAUGAGAAAAGCAGCAAAGACAGUGGGUUUACCCGAAAGUACCCUGAGAACCAGAAUUUCAUCAGGCAAAGCAUGUUCUAAUCUUGGUCGAUUUAAAGUUACUUUUAGUGAAGAUCAAGAGCGGGAAAUUGCUCAACACUGUAAAGAUUUGGACAAUCUAUUUUAUGGCAUGACUAUUUCCAAUUUACGUCGUUUAGUAUUUUCAUACGCCGAAGCUAAUAAAAUACAGCAUAGAUUCGACCAAUCUUCAAAAAUGGCUGGUCAUGAUUGGGUAGGUGGGUUCCUUAGCCGCCAUCCUGAAUUGGGCCUGCGUCAGUCUCAACCAACAAGUCUCGCGAGAGCCAUUGGAUUUAAUAAAACACAGGUAAAACGUUUUUUUUCAAAUUUAAAAUCUCUCUAUGAUGAAAAUAAGUUCGAGCCAAGUCAAGUUUAUAAUAUGGAUGAAACUGGCAUGAGUACAGUUCCAAAAAAGACCCCUAAGGUCAUUUCAGUUCGUGGAAAAAAAGUUGUCGGCAAAAUCGUUUCGGCUGAGAGGGGUGUGACAGUCACUGCAGUUUGUUCUAUGAGCGCCACCGGUUAUUUUGUACCACCAGUUUUUAUUUUCCCAAGAAAAAAGGUAAAGCCGGAGUUUUUGGAUGAUGGUCCAAACGGAUGUAAAGGUUUUGCAUCUGAUUCGGGAUUUAUAAAUUCUGAUAUCUUCUUAAGCUGGCUAGAACACUUUGUAAACCACGUUCGUCCAGAGAAAGAAAGGCCGGUCUUACUAAUAAUGGAUAACCAUUCUUCCCACAUUAGUUUGGAGGUUUCUCUUUAUAGCAGAAAACACCAUAUUUCUAUUCUUACAUUGGCUCCUCACACCAGUCAUAAAAUACAACCUUUAGACAGGAGUUUCUUUGGACCUCUGAAAACAAAGUACUCGAUUGAAUGCGACACAUGGAUGAACCAGCACCCUGGAAGAGGCAUAAAUAUUGCUCAAGUUGUCAAACUUUUUAACGGAGCCUUCCAAAAGGUCGCAACGGUUGGAAAUGCUUCGUCAGGAUUUGCAGUAUCGGGUAUCUAUCCGUUUAACGAACAUCUUUUUGAUGAUGGAGAUUUUGCCCCUGCUUCGGUAACGGACCGUUUCAAUAAAGAUGACGAAGAACAUCAAAUGGAACUAGAAGACGAUGAAGGAGUAGCAGUUGCAAUCGACAAAAUUGUAUCGACAUCUGCAGAAAAUUCAACCCCAUCGCAAACAGUCUCAUCCGAAAUAGCUCCAUCGCAAACAACUCCUUCGCCAACUGUUAUUUUUACCACACCAGCUGUCACUGUUGCAACUUUAAGCCCACUGCCAAAAGCGAUUCCAACUCAAAAGAAAAAAAGAAAGGGUUUGAAGUCGGAAAUAAUUUCUUCGAGUCCUUUCAAAAAUGAUUUGGAAGCUAAACAAACCGAACAGGAAAAAAGUAACAACAAGAAAAAAAACUACCCCAAGUCGGUGAAAAAGAUGCCAGCCAGACCAUUUUCUCCAGACCCAAACAUUCCGGGUCCAUCUGGACUUUGCAAGAAACCUCAAUCUCAAUUAAAUGAUUAUUUUUGCGCUCUUUGUGGGGAAAAAUAUAUUGAUCCACCAUCUGAAGAAUGGAUCCAGUGCGUGAAGUGCCAAAUUUGGUGGCACGAACAAUGCACAACCUAUGAAAACGGAGUUUUUUACUGUGAUUUCUGUGAUGAAGAGUAA